UCGAGCACGAAUAUCGCGUCGUUAUCGGAGCGGCAGCCGUUGCGAUAAUUGCGGAAGCGUCAUCAGUACGGACGCUCAAAUUUGAAAUUACGGUAACGCUAGCACAACCACCGAAGACCAUCGCGUGCGCGGAACUACAAGCAUCGACGUACCAGCCGAAUGGCGCCGCGGCGCAAGCGGCUCUCGUCGUCGUCGUCGCCGGACAGCGGCAACGGCAGCAGCAGCGACGAAUCGUUGACCGAGUCGGACGUUACGUGCCCCGUGUGUCUGAGCAUGGUGGUGGAGCCCGUGACGAUGCCGUGCGCCCACGAGGUGUGCAAUUCGUGCUUCACGAGCACCGUGCUCAUGGCCAACAAGGAGUGUCCCAUGUGUCGCAUGCGCAUCGCUUCGUGGGCGCGGAAAGCGGCCCGCGAGGGCACCCUGGUCAACCGAACGCGCUGGGAGCUCAUCAAAAGUCGCUUUCCGCAGCAGGUCGCGAGGAGACUCAGCGGAGAUGACAGCCGAGCAGGUAACGUGCAAAGUUUUUACCCCGUGGAUGACACCCAACAAGUGCGCACGAUCCGCCUUUUUCCGUGCUUGAGGAAGUGA